UCUCAAGAAAUUGUAGCCCAAUAGCUGAUGAGUAUUAUCAAAUCAAGAACCGGAACAGGAGUUCUAAGUCUUACAUGUACAGAUUUUGAAAAAAUCAUACGGCCAUGUGAAUUGAGAGGGUUUAUAGUAUAUGAUGCAUAGAAUACAUCUUGGGGAAAGGAGGAGAUAAUUGAUGUCCUUGACAAAAUUGUCACUUCUUGUUGACAUUGUUCUCGAAGGAUUCUUUGAAUGCUCUGGUGCUCUUCAACAAAGAGACCGUCACUCCCAUUCAACCUUUGAGUAGAAUAUUACCCAAAGUAAUGGAGUUUUCCAAUGAUUUGUCUCCAGAUAUUCCCAAUGGAUUCAAGAAAUGGAUCAGAAGCUCCACAAGAGAUACUGGAUACAGAUGUCAAAUUGUUUUUUGAAUCAGCUCCUCCUCGUAGAGAUAGUCUCAGCCUUAGUAAGAGAUUGGAGGAAUUCAUUGAAAGAAACUCCUCAUCAUCAGGAAAUGAAAGACCUAAUAGGGUUGUAUGCGUAACAUCUGGUGGUACUACAGUUCCUCUGGAACGGCGAUGUGUUCGAUUUAUUGAUAACUUCAGCUCAGGUCAUCGAGGAGCAGCAUCCACCGAGUAUUUUCUGAAGGCUGGAUAUGCUGUCAUCUUUCUUCAUCGACGGGGAACCUUCCAGCCAUAUUGCAGAUCGCUUCCUGAAGAUUCUUUCCUGGAAUGUUUUGAGGUUACAGAGGAGUCUUCUGUUCAAGUGUGUCAGUCGCAUUCUGCAGUAGCGACAAGGGCACUCAGGGAUCAUCAUGCUGCAGUAAAGAAACAGCUCUUACUGAAACUUCCUUAUACCUCAAUCUUUGAAUAUCUUCAGAUGUUAAGGAUGGUUGCCAUGUCAAUGAGGCGUCUCGGGUCGCAUUGCAUGUUUUAUCUUGCUGCUGCAGUAUCCGACUUCUACGUUCCUUGGGAGUGUAUGGUAGAGCACAAGAUUCAAUCAGCCUGUGGUCCUCUAGAUAUGCAACUAGCUCAAGUGCCAAAGAUGCUCUCGCUGCUGAGGAAAGAAUGGUCUCCCAUGGCCUUCUGCAUUUCUUUCAAGCUGGAAACAGAUCCAAAGAUUUUAUUAGAGAAGGCUGAUAAGGCCCUAAGGAAGUACAAGGUGCAUAUGGUAGUGGCUAACGAGCUUUCAACUCGUAAAGAAGAAGUCAUAGUCGUCACAGAAAGUGAAAAAAUUACAGUUCACAGAGACAAAAACCAGGCUGAUGAUGACGUGGAGAAUCCUCUCAUUAAACUCUUGGUAGAGAAACAUUCAGCUUAUAUUGAAGAAUCCAUUCCAAGAGAAACAGCCUAGAUCACAACAUAGAUGUCAGACAAUCCUCACAUUUCUUCCUUAAUAAUAUUUUUGGUAGGUCAUCUCUAACCCCAAUCUGCCCUUUCUACUUUCGUGGAAGUGUAGUACAAAAAUGAUUUAAGAAUAAAGCAAGGAUAGUUGAUCAUGAUUCAUGAAUGAAAAGAAGAAAUAAUUUUCCCCUUA